UCUCUCCUCGCGGCCGGUGCGGCGUGUCGCGUGUGCUCCGAGCCCGCCGCCGCUUCCCGGGCCUCUCCCGCUGAGCUCCGGCCUGCCCCGGCCCGGCCCGGCCCGGCCCUGCGUCAUGGCCGCGUACAAGCCAGUGGUGGUUCAGGCGUGCCCCAAGCUCGGGGAGAAGAUCACACAGGAUACGCUGUACUGGCGGGGAUACAAGACCCCUGUUCAGAUAAAGGAAUUCGGUGCAAUAAAUAAAAUUGACUUCUCCCCAGUCCCGCCAUAUAACUACGCUGUCACAGCAUCCUCGAGGGUAAGUGGCGUUUCGGAGGCUUUUAUGCUGUUGUUCUUCAGCUGGCAUGACACCGGGAGAUGUAAUUCCCUCUUGUUCUGGCAGAUCCACAUCUACGGCCGCUACUCGCAGGAGCCUAUCAAGACGUUCUGUCGCUUCCGGGACGCGGCGUACUGUGCCACCUACAGGGACGACGGGCGCCUGCUGGCCGCCGGCAGCGAGGGCGGCAGCAUCUCCCUUUACGACGUCAGCGGCAAAGCCCCGCUCAGGCAGUUCGAGGGUCUUACCAAACCAGUUCAUCUAGUGGGAUUCCUGUCUGAUAAAUACCGAAUAUUUUCUGGUGGUGAUGAUUAUUCAUCAAAAUUGUGGGAUAUUCCAAGUGCCACAGAAAUCAUCUCUUACAGUGAGCAUACUGACUAUGUGAGAUGUGGCUGUGCAAGUAAAGUGAAUGCAGAUGUCUUCAUAACAGGUUCCUAUGAUCACACUGUGAAACUGUUUGAUGCACGAACAAAGAGUAGUGUCAUGACAAUAGAGCAUGGCCAUCCUGUGGAGAGCGUGCUUCUCUUUCCAUCUGGUGGACUUCUGGUAUCUGCAGGAGGUCGAUAUGUCAAAGUUUGGGAUGUACUAAAAGGUGGACAGUUACUAGUUUCACUUAAAAAUCACCAUAAAACUGUGACUUGUUUGUGCCUGAACAGCUCUGGACAAAGGUUAUUGUCAGGAUCUCUCGACAGGCAUGUGAAGAUUUACAGUACUACAUCCUACAAAGUGGUCCACAGCUUCAACUAUGCAACAUCCAUCCUCAGUCUUGCAUUGUCGCCUGAAGAUGAAACCAUAGUUGUAGGCAUGACCAAUGGGGUGCUAAAUGUUAAACACAGAAAACCAGAAGAAAAGAAUGAAAACUCUCAAAAGAAGAGACAACCAGCAUAUAGAACCUAUGUGAAAGGAAGAAGUUACAUGCCAAAACAGGAAGAUUUCUGUGUCAGUAAACCUGUAAAACGUGUUUUGAGAAAAUAUGAUAAACUGCUGAGGAGCUUUCAGUCUUCCAAGGCUCUUGAUGCAGUACUCGAGCCACCCAUCAUGCUUCAUACCCCUGAAGUCACGGUUGCAGUCAUGCAGGAGCUGCAUCGCAGAGGAACGCUGAGAAGUGCACUUGCAGGCCGAGAUGAGAAGCAAGUUAAUCUCCUGCUUACCUUUGUGGCAAGGCGUGUGAUUGAGCCUAGAUUUACUCCUGUGCUGGUUAUUGUUGCUGAUAUGAUCACUGACAUUUAUCAGCCUGUGGUUGGGCAGUCAGCAAUAGUUGAUAAACAGUUCUUGAAACUCCAGCAAGCUAUUGGAAAAGAAAUUGACUAUCAAGAAGAGCUACUAGAAGUUUUGGGAAUGAUGGAUACACUGUUUGCUACUUUUACUAAGAAAAGAGAUACCUGUCUAGAAGAGAACAAAAGUAAUGGUGUCACGGAGAUCAUUGAAACAAAUAGGAAUUACUGACACCCAUCUCAACAAAUUGUCACAAUUGUGAACUUGAAAGACAUGACUUGUUCUCCCGGUAAUUUCUUAUAAUAGUGACUUUCAAAAUAAGCCUCUCUAUGUUGAAGUUCUGUCUUUUAAACUGUGUUACUGAAUAGGCUUGAUUACUGAAGAUGAGAAAGAGGACGUUUUCAAGAUU